CUCUGCUUUGGUACUGUUGCAGGGUUUGUGCUGUUAGCAACAGAACACGCGGGGUCCCGGCCCAGUCUUGACAUGUCCCUGCGAUACUGCGCACGCGCAAGUCUGCAAUGCAGACAGGCAAAUUGUUAUCUUCAUGACUGUUGAGCUCUGCUCGAGCAACACGCCCACCGGAGAGGCACCAGAGCUGAAACGACAAAAGCACCGCCUCGUAAUCCAGGGGCAAGAGCCAAUGGGCCCUGGCGGGCACGAGGCGGUGAAGUCGAGCUGCAGUGCCCCACCACGUCGAGGCCUCGCUCGAGCAGCAGCUGCCAACGACACAUUUGACUGCCUCCAGCGCUCUCCAGAAACACACUGUUAUCCACACACUGUUAUCCACACAUCGUUAACCAGCAAUCAUGGCCGACAAGCACGACGAUCUCCACGCAGAGCAGACCGAGGGCUUCAAGGUGGGUGAGAAGAAGACGCUCGAUGAGUACCAGAAUUUGGACAAGGACGAUGAGGCUCUGAACAAGUGGAAGGCUUCCCUCGGUCUCGGCCAGGGCAAGGACAUCUCAGACCCCAGCGACCCCCGCAAAUGCAUCAUCUACUCGCUCGGACUCGAGGUUGACGGCCGUCCCGACAUCAUUAUCGACCUCAAGUCGCCCGGUGCCCUCGAAGCUCUCGAGAAGAAGCCGUUCACCAUCAAGGAGGGCGCCACGUUCCGCAUGAAGGCACAGUUCAAGGUCCAGCACGAGAUUCUGGCUGGUCUGAAGUACCUGCAGAAAGUCACACGCAUGGGUGUCAGCAACAAGAUGCAGGAGAUGAUGGGCUCAUACGGACCCAGCACCGAAGAGAAGCCGUUCUACGAAAAGAAGUUCGAACCCGAGACCGCUCCCUCUGGCAUGCUCGGCCGUGGCCACUACACUGCCGUCUCCAAGUUCGUCGACGACGACAACCAGACCCAUCUGCAGUUCACCUGGUCCUUUGACAUCAAGAAGGACUGGGCAUAAGCGGACAACGGACGCGAUAUCUGAUUCAAAGUGGCGGGCCACUCAGCUGGUAUUGGAUCUGGAUCAAGCGGCGGAUGCGGAUAUCGAGGGUACCUACCUCUACAGGACGACCCCAUGGCUGACGAUGUCGACGAUCCCCAGACUGAUUUCUCGAGUUGGACAUUACGACUCAUAGCAUAGCGAAACCAAGACAUUUACAUAUCUGGACUUGCAUUGUCUUUUCUGUUUGACUUCAGCCGAGCCCUCCGUUCGCGUGGUGGUCGCCGAGAUUAUGGAAUUUGAACCACCUUGCUGCGAUUCGUUUUGCUUUGACUGUACAGCCAGCCCAUGCGCGCUCGCCAGCGCCCGAGCCAAAUCUCCGUGCAGAGAUGUUGAGGAUGGAGACGUCUUG